AAAUUUCCUCCCCUCAAUAUUCAAUGUUCAUAAUUGUUGGUUAAUUAAAUUUUAUAUAUUCAAUCAAUAUGUCCUGAAGAUUGACCGAUACAGCUAACAAAAAUGUACGAAUAAUUAGAAAAACCCAUGAGAAAAUUUUUUUUUUCAGAUCUUGAUGGCUAAAUUAAGGUGAAAAUGUCGGCCAACAAAAUGAACGAUCCGGAUUCGAAUGAUGUUAAAAAUGAUGAUGAUAUCAAAAAUGUGCUUGUAAAUAAUGUGAAAAUGACAAACAAAGUCAAUAUUUAUCAUGAAAAACAAAGUCGCCAACUUUGUGCAUUACAUGCAUUGAAUAAUUUAUUUCAAAAUUCGAAUGCUUUCACUAAAAAUGAUCUCGAUUCAAUUGCCGAAACAUUAUCACCAUCAUCGUUGAUAUUGUUCAAUCCGCAUAAAUCAACAUUCGGUUUCGGUAAUUAUGAUGUCAAUGUUAUAUUGAUGGCAUUACAGAAUAAAAAUUACGAAGCCGUAUGGUUCAAUAAGAAAAAAGAUCCAAAACAAUUGAAUCUGAAUGUUAUAUUUGGUUUCAUUCUAAAUAUUCCAAAUGACUGUGAUUUUUGGAAAAAUGCAUUGACAUUUUUCACAUCAUCUCGACGACAUUGGAUUGCUGUCAGAAAAUUUGACUCACAAUAUUAUAAUUUAGAUUCCAAAUUGAAAGAACCAAUCACAAUUGGCCAGGAGGAAAAUUUGUUCAAUUUUUUGCAGACAAAUCUGACCGAAAAGAAUGCGGAAGUAUUCGUAAUUGUCACGAAAGAAAUAGCUCAACAAAAUAAUUGGUAUAAUGAAAUGACAAAUGACCAUCAUCAUUGAAUGAAAAUGAAGAAAAUAAUUUGAUUCAA